AUGGGUGUGAGUCAUUGUUUAUAUCACACAUUAUCAAGAAUGACUCAAUUUACAACUACUAGAGGGGGAGGUAAACCAAUUAGAAAUGCUGGAUGUUUAAUUAUUGGUGAUGAAAUAUUAAAUGGUAAAAUAUUAGAUACUAAUUCUUAUAAUUUUGCCAGAUUUUGUUUUAAUAAUUUAUCAAUUCCAUUGAAAAGAACAAUAGUAUGUGGUGAUGAUGAACAAGAUAUAAUUAAUUCAUUAAAUAUUUUAUUAAAACAAGAUAAAUUAGAUCUUAUAAUAACUUCUGGUGGAUUAGGUAGUACUCAUGAUGAUAUAACUUAUAAAGUGAUUAGUGAUUAUUUUCAAUUAGAUUAUCAAUUAGAUCAAGAAGUAGUUGAUAGAAUGAAAUCAAUUCGUGGUGAAUAUCUUGAUAAAUUAAAUCCUGAACAAUUGAAUGCAUUUUAUCGAAUGGCUACUCUACCGGCACCACCCCAAAUUCUGAACCCCAAAUCUAAUUCAACAACAACAACAAUAGUUGAGAAAUAUUUUAUUGAUGAUAAAUUAUGGUUCCCAAUAGUUGGAUUAAAUGAACAAGUUUAUAUAUUACCAGGAGUACCACAAUUAUUUACUCAAUUAAUCAAAGAUAUGGAACCAAUGUUGAAACCACGAGUAAUAUCAUCGGAUUUAAUUAGAAGAUAUGUUGUUACUAAAUCAGGAGAAACUCAAUUAGCACCAUUUUUAACAAAUUUACAAGAAAAAUGUGAUAAAAAAUAUGGUAAAGGUAUAUUAAAAUUAGGUAGUUAUCCCCAUAUGAAUUUACAUAUUAAUACAAUUAGUAUAAUUGGUCAAAAAUUAAAUAAUGAAGAUUUGGAUUGGAUAGUACAAGCAUUGAUUGAAAAUAUUGGUGGUGAUGCUAAAGAAAUCACUCAAGCUCAAGAAGAUGAAUAUAGUAAAUAA